UUGCUUUCCAAUACUGAAGAACUACCUUGAAACACUCUAAGGAGAGCAGAGGGCAGAAGACAUGAGACUUCUCCUACUGCCUGUGCUGCUGGGGCUUGCAGCUGCCGGAGUUAUUCCAGAAGGUAAGUUUUCAAAACAGAAGGAACACAGAGAACAGAAGCUUCUGGAGACAAGACCAGUUCAACAGGAAAGGGGGGAAAAACCUCCACCCAUAUUUGCUACUAGAAAUGGUACAUCUCAGAAUGAAGACAAUGGAAAUGGAGCUCAUCCAUCGAAUUAUGAUAACAAUCCCAGUUUACUCAAGGAAAGGCAAUCAAAAGAGUACCAAGAAGGUCUAGGUCAGAACAAGCAAGGGCAAACAUAUAGAGCACGCAAUGAACAUAACCAAAGUAAAGGAAGAGAGAUUCGAGAUGUGAGUGAAACUGAAACACAAUCCAAUGAGCAACACUCUAGAGAAAGGACAGCUAUGGAAACAGUAGAAGAGAAAAGACAGGAGUCUGGAGAAGAACAGGAGUCAGAUGAGAGCAAAGAACAUGAAUCUCUAGAAAGCAAGGAACUUGAAUCAAGAGAAACCAAAAAGCAAGGGAGAAGGAAAGUACAUGAGUCAGGCAAUAGAAAAGUUCAAGUUCAUGGGGAAGUACACGAUAUAGAUGAUGAAGAAGCACAGGGCAUAGAUGAUGAAGAAGCACAGGAUAUAGAUGAUGAAGAAGCACAGGGCAUAUAUGAUGAAGAAGCACAGGGUAUAGAUGAUGAAGAAGCACAGGAUAUAGAUGAUGGAGAAGCACAGGGUAUAGAUGAUGAAGAAGCACAGGAUAUAGAUGAUGGAGAAGCACAGGGUAUAGAUGAUGAAGAAGCACAGGACCUAGGUGAUGGAGAAGCACAGGGUCAAGGUGAUGGAAAGGAGCAGGAUCAAAAUGAUGGAGAAGUACAGGAUCUAGGUGAUGGGGAAAUGCAGGGUCUAGGUGAUGAGGAAGUGCAGGAUGUAGCUGAUGAAGAAGAGCUGGAGGUGACAAACACUAAAGGCCACAAGCAAGAAAGAACCAAACGAGACAUAAACAAAAGGACCCAAGACGUAGGUGAUAAAUCAGGCCAAAGAGGAGGAGAGAAAAAUGAACAUCAUCCAGCUGUUAAAAGUGGACAGAGCUUUAUACAUAGGAAUCAGAAAAAUAAUGGAACAGAUCCAAUCACUCUUCCAGAAACAUCUGAAAGAAAAAGAUCAGGUCUACAUGGAAGACCUAAUGAGCAUUUAGGUCAACGCUGCAGCAAAACAUGUAUAUGUAAAGGAAACCAGCUAACACAGCGUGAUCAUGGGCAUAAUCAGAAUGAAAGUAAAACUGCAAACGAACGGACUACUGAAACAAGACCUCAUGAACAUGAAUAUGAGUGCGACUGUGAAACGAAUGAAAAGAUUAGGGAACUAAGGGAUUUAAGUAGAAAAGAAAGUGCACCAGGGCAAAGUAAAACUCAAAAGUCCGGUGAAAGGAAAGGCCAGGAGCAAGGUGAGAAAAAAGACCAGAAGCCAGGAGAAAGGAAAGGACAGGAGCAAGGUGAGAAAGACCAGAAGCCAGGGGAAAGGAAAGGGCAGAAGCAAGGUGAGAAAAAAGACCAGAAGCCAGGAGAAAGGAAAGGGCAGGAGCAAGGUGAGAAAGACCAGAAGCCAGGAGAAAGGAAAGGACAGGAACAAGGUGAGAACGACCAGAAGCCAGGAGAAAGGAAAGGGCAGAAGCAAGGUGAGAAAAAAGACCAGAAACCAGGAGAAAGGAAAGGGCAGGAGCAAGGUGAGAAAAAAGACCAGAAGCCAGGAGAAAGAAAAGGGCAGGAGCAAGAUGAGAAAAAAGACCAGAAGCCAGGAGAAAGGAAAGGACAGGAUCAUGGGCACAACAAACACUGCAAAGCCAGAGGGAUAAGAGAUCUAAUUAAGACUAAACGUCCAGGGCAAAAGAAAGGGCAUCAGCCAGAAGAAACAGAAGGAAAGGUCCCUAUGCAUGGCAAAGCCAGGGAAAUAAGAGACGUUAGUAAUAGUGAAACCUCCGGACAAAAGAGGGGUCAACUACCUGGAGAAAGGGAAGGGCAGCAACCAGGAAAAAGAACUGGUCAGAGGCCAGGAGAAAGAGAAGGGCAGACUCCUGCGCAUAACAAGCAUGACAAAGCCAGAGGAAUAAGAGAUGUGAGUAAUAGUAAACAUCUUGGGCAAAAACAAGGUCAAAAACCAGGAGAAAAUGAAGGACAGGAACCAGGAAAAAGAACGGGUCAGAGGCCAGGAGAAAGAGAAGGGCAGACUCCUGCACAUAACAAGCACGACAAAGCCAGAGGAAUAAGAGAUGUGAGUAAUAGUAAACAUCUUGGGCAAAAACAAGGUCAAAAACCAGGAGAAAGGGAAGGGCAGGAACCAGGAAAAAGAACCGGUCAGAGGCCAGGAGAAAGAGAAGGGCAGACUCCUGCGCAUAACAAGCAUGACAAAGCCAGAGGAAUAAGAGAUGUGAGUAAUAGUAAACAUCUUGGGCAAAAACAAGGUCAAAAACCAGGAGAAAGGGAAGGACAAGAACCAGGAAAAAGAAUGGGUCAGAGGCCAGGAGAAAGAGAAGGGCAGACUCCUGCACAUAACAAGCACGACAAAGCCAGAGGAAUAAGAGAUGUGAGUAAUAGUAAACAUCUUGGGCAAAAACACGGUCAAAAACCAGGAGAAAGGGAAGGGCAGGAACCAGGAAAAAGAACCGGUCAGAGGCCAGGAGAAAGAGAAGGGCAGACUCCUGCGCAUAACAAGCACGACGAAGCCAGAGAAAUAAGAGAUGUGAGUAAUAGUAAACAUCUUGGGCAAAAACAAGGUCAAAAACCAGGAGAAAGGGAAGGGCAGGAACCAGGAAAAAGAACUGGUCAGAGGACAGGAGAAAGAGAAGGGCAGACUCCUGCGCAUAACAAGCAUGACAAAGCCAGAGGAAUAAGAGAUGUGAGUAAUAGUAAACAUCUUGGGCAAAAACAAGGUCAAAAACCAGGAGAAAGGGAAGGGCAGGAACCAGGAAAAAGAACCGGUCAGAGGCCAGGAGAAAGAGAAGGGCAGACUCCUGCGCAUAACAAGCAUGACAAAGCCAGAGGAAUAAGAGAUGUGAGUAAUAGUAAACAUCUUGGGCAAAAACAAGGUCAAAAACCAGGAGAAAGGGAAGGACAAGAACCAGGAAAAAGAAUGGGUCAGAGGCCAGGAGAAAGAGAAGGGCAGACUCCUGCACAUAACAAGCACGACAAAGCCAGAGGAAUAAGAGAUGUGAGUAAUAGUAAACAUCUUGGGCAAAAACACGGUCAAAAACCAGGAGAAAGAGAAGGGCAGACUCCAGGAAAAAAUAAUGGCAAACCACUAGAAGAAAGUGAAGAACAGGAAUUGAAGCAAAAUGAAGUAAGAGGGACAGGAGAUGUCAAUGACAAUAAAACACAAGGGAGAAAGAAAAGUCAUCACCCUAGAGAAAGGGGAGAGCAAGAGUUGAGGCAAAGGAAUAUGAAGAAUAAAACAGAAGAUGGGACACAUACUUCAAAACAGAAUAAGGGGUUAGAGAUAGCAGAAGAAAAAAGCGGAAUUGUGUGGGAUGCAAUAGAAGAAAAAAGACAUAGGGCGAAUGAGAAUAAGGGGCUGGAGAUAGCACAAGAAAGGAAAAAUCUUCAGGGUCAUGCACAGAGGGGAGGAAAAGAGAGAAAUUAGAAAAA